CAGGGUUUACCAAAGCAAAAGGGAAGAGCAAAAAAGAAGCCGGCACCGCGUCCGAAGGCACUUCCGGAGUCGUUUAUUCAGGCUGCGAUCCUCGACGAUGGAAGCACAGCACACCUCGAUCCGUCCACAGGCUGGGAGGCUCUCGCACUUGUCGGCGGCCUCUUCGGGAAGGGAUCGAUCUUUUAUCAGCAUCCGGAUUUGCGUAUUUUGGCAGUGAUUCAACGCUCUGGGGACCCAGUGCCGGAUAUUGUUCGCCGUGAGCCGCCGCCUCAAGCGGAGUCAGACGAGUGCUGGACAAUUCGCGAGGCCAGCUUAUCUAC